AUUCACAUGCAUAUCUUCUUCCAUUCUUAUAUAUCUUGAUCCCAAUCCCAAACCAUAGUCACAGGAAACGCUAAAAUACCUGCGUAUCGCGUACCAGAUCGGUCGUACCGAAUCAUCACAAACAUGCCAACUUCAUCAUCUAUCUCUCAUGCCAACAACAAACACCUACAUGAUCUCAUUGAAUCAUCUCGCCCGUUUCUCCGCGAAGACAUCGAGUCAGUCGACAAAAACCUGCCAACCCUCUUGACCAUCUUACGUUCAGCCGGUGCAGGCGAGUGCUGGCACCGGUUAGGAACCUUCUCUGACCACCUCUACCACGUCUACCGCAUCCUCAAGCUCUGGAAGGCACCCGACUCCGUUUGUCUUUUCGGUCUUUUCCAUUCGGUUUACUCCAACUCCUAUCACAAUCUUGCAAUCUUUGACCCGGUUACAGACCGGGAAACUGUACGUAAACAUGUCGGUACUGUCGCGGAGAGUUUAAUCCACUUGUUUUGCAUUGUACCUCGCCACACUCUCAUUCAUGAUGAUCUCGUGUUUCGGUACACUGAUUCGGAGCUCAGAGAACACCUCCAAGCUUCCGAACAUUCGUUGAAAUGUUCAUUGAAAGGCGGUGUGGGAAAAGAAGAGAACUGGAGGAAGAAGCUCCAGGAAAUUGUUCCGGCCACCGGAAUAAUAGUGAAACACAUCAGAACCGGCGAACCGGUGGUUCUUCCGAGAAGGGUGCUAGCUGUUUUUCUCCUCAUGACCAUAGCAGACUUUGGUGACCAGUAUUAUGGUUAUCAGGACGAGUUAUACGAUAACACUGAUGGACGUUUAGAGUUUACUGGAAACACCAACUUUGACGUGUUAUGGCCCGGAAACGGGAAGCCAGGACUAUGGAUGAAUCUGAUAUCGAAAAUGGCAGCUAUAUACACUUUGUUGGUGCGAGAAGAAGAGGUCUUCACACAACAACAACCCGAGCGCCACGAAAACGGGUUCGAAGAUCUCGAGCUAGUGAUUCCGCCGGUUUUCGACCGGUGCACCAAGAUUCUUGACCCGAGUGAGCAGAUAGUGGCUAGAGACUUGUACUGGGAGGCUGUUUAUGAGCAUGGGUUGAAUAAAGAGAAGGGUGAAGAGUUGUUGAUCAAGUGUAUUGAGAAGAACCCAUUUGUGGGUGAACCACAUGUGUUGUUGAGCCAGUUUUAUGUGAGUAGAGGGAGGUUUGAGGAGGGUGAAACAGAGUGUGAGAAGGGUUUGAGGCUGUUGUUGGAGUGGGGGUGUCCAUGGGACAAAAGGGUGUCAUGGGAAGGGUGGGUUGCUUGGAGUAGGGUUCUGUUAAGCAAAGCAAAAGAGAGGUCUUGGCCACAUACUUCAUGGGGGAUCAUUAGUUUGGGUCUUGUUAAGUAGAUUCUAAUGUUUUGUUCUUUUGUUUUGUCACCUAAGGUUUGUACUUUGGUUAGCAUAUUUGCCAGUUGAAGGUUUAACCAUUCAGCUUUAUAUAAAAGUUGUGUUUGGCUGAAAUGGACCACUUUGCUCUAAUGUAAGUUUGCAAUACUUUGAUAGCA